UAAACAGAGUUGUUGUGGGGAAUGAACCUUAUCCGUUGUAUUUGUCGAUGAUCGACGAAAUUUCUUACAUUCAAUAUACUCGUUUUCCAAAGAUAUCUCGAAACUGAAGGAAUUGGAAUAGUAGUAGUAUGAGAGAUGGAUCAGGAAACGAAGCGGAUAAGCAAAAAACCAUCAAGAUCGAUCAUCAUCACUCUCAAAGAUAUUCCUCCUCUCGAUCCAUCUUCUAUCCCCUCUCUGAAACCAAUGGGGCAAGAUAAUAAUAAUGACGAAGAAGAAGACAAUGCUAUUUCUUCCGUCUCUAACAUUCAGAUUGAUCCUAACAGCACAAGAAGCAUUACACAAGAGAAUAAACUUGUUCCUAAACCAGAAGAAGACACCACCACCAAACCCAAUUCUAAAGGUGAUGAAUCUAAGAGAGGGUCAGCAAAAUCGGUUUUACACGAAAUAUGUGCUUCCAAGCGUUGGAGACCUCCGGUUUAUGAAUGCUGCAAAGUCGAUGGACCUUGCCAUUUGAGAUUAUUUACAUACAAAGUUGUGGUUGAGAUUAUAGAGUCUUCAGGGAAAACUGUUUUGGAGUGUUUUGGGGAUCCCAGACGCAACAAGAAAGCUGCUGCGGAGCAUGCAGCGGAAGGAGCGCUUUGGUAUCUUGAGCAUGUGAAGGCCAAACCAGAAGACAAAGCCGCAUAUCAUUUAGUCAAGAGGAAGUAACUGGAGAGUUUAGUAAAUCCAUUUAUACUUCUGAUGAUUCAUUAUAGCUCUUUGGGUUGUAACAGUUUUGAUCUGUAUCAGAAUGUGCUGUGGGUAAAUGGUUAAUGAUUAUAAUUUCUCUAACUUAGUAAGGAGUCCUUUAUCUUUUAUGUUUAUUAGACACUGGAUUGAAAAAGUGAUAUGUAUUUUUUCAGUUAAUUAUUGAUGUAUAUAGAGCUCAAGUCUUGGUUGUGAGACUCAGA